AUGAUAAUUCAAAUUAUUCAGGAAGUAAUAGCGUCGCCAAUAUUAGGAACAGCUGGUUUAAUAUAUGUUAUUGCUGCCAAAGAAUUCAUUGAAAGCAACAAUCUGAAAACGCAUUUAAAACAUUUGGAUAUUUUAUAUGUGGACUCACAAGAAGUUUCCAUAGAUAUAUAUGCAAAGUGCCUUAAUUACACAAUGGAAUGUAAAAUAGCACCAUUGUGGAACAAAGUUGGACAAUAUUAUGUUCAUGGAAUGAAAUUUUAUAUAAUAACAGAAGAGUUUGAUGCAUUAAAAGUAAAAGUCAUUAUAAAUGGUACUGUGCCGGUCAUUGUUAUUAUUUAUACUUGGUUCAUAUAA